CCCCCUCCCCCCCGGCAGAGCGGCCCGCGCCCCCUCCCCUCGGAUGUGGCUGAGCUGAAGCGCGCAGGCGGGAGACUCUGCAGGAUCCGCGGCCCCGAGCAUCUUGAGCGGUGAACUCUUCAAGUCUCCGAUUAAAUUUUAAAAAUGGCCUCCAAUAAAACUACAUUGCAAAAAAUGGGAAAGAAACAGAAUGGAAAGAGUAAAAAAGUUGAAGAGGCAGAGCCUGAAGAAUUUGUGGUAGAAAAAGUGCUGGACCGCCGUGUAGUGAAUGGGAAGGUCGAGUACUUCCUCAAGUGGAAGGGGUUCACAGAUGCUGAUAAUACUUGGGAACCAGAAGAAAAUUUAGAUUGUCCAGAAUUAAUUGAAGCAUUUCUUAAUUCUCAAAAAGCUGGUAAAGAAAAAGAUGGUACAAAAAGGAAAUCUUUAUCUGACAGUGAAUCUGAUGAUAGCAAAUCGAAGAAGAAGAGAGACGCUGCUGACAAACCAAGGGGCUUUGCCAGAGGUCUUGAUCCUGAACGAAUAAUUGGUGCCACAGACAGCAGUGGAGAAUUAAUGUUUCUCAUGAAAUGGAAGGACUCAGAUGAGGCUGACUUGGUGCUGGCAAAGGAGGCAAAUAUGAAGUGUCCUCAGAUUGUCAUUGCCUUCUAUGAGGAAAGGCUGACUUGGCAUUCUUGUCCUGAAGAUGAAGCACAAUAAUUGUUUGCAUUUAUAUAUAUAUUUAUACAUAUAUAUAUAAAGUCUGGAUCUUGGGUUUUGAAAUAACUAGUGUGGAAAAAAUAGCAUUCUAAUAAAAGUCAAGUUUGAUAUGCUGGUUUUGAAAGUAUUGACGGUAGUUGGGAUAGUUUUGGUUUUUGUUCUGCAUCAAAAGGCACUGAUUGCUUUGAGCAAGUAAGAGCUUUCUGUAGUUGCUUCCUUUAACAAUAGAAUAUUUGAUACCAUGUUGUAUUUCCUCAGCUUUGAAGAACGGCUUUUCUUAACCGCUGGGGAGAUUUUACAGUCGCUACUCAGUCUGAAUUUAUUUUUAACUGGGACACAGAAGGACCAUCCUGAGUUUGUUUGUAUGUGGUGUAUGCAUAAAACACAAUGACUUGUUUGUUUUGUCUUGUUUUUAAUACUUAAAGAACUGAAGAUGAAAACACAAGUGGAUGAGAUUCCCUCAUUGUGAACAUUUUUCUGGAACCGAAACCUUUCAGAUUAAACAGAUUCUGUAAUUUAUUGGAUAGUUUAAAAGCAACCACAUCAGAAUUGAUGUAUUAUCACGUAAAUACAGUAGUUUAUUUACUGAAUGUUGUCCAUACCAACUCCACCUUCAGAAAAUGGAAUUAAACAAAGUAGUAGUGUGACUUAAUAAAAAGACUUGGGCCUAGUGUGGUGGUACAUGCCUUUAGUCCCAGCGCUCUAGAGGCAGGUCCAGCUCAGCUAGUCAGCCUAAAGGUUCCUCUGGUGAACCAUUCCUUUGUAGAAAGUUAAAAUCUGUACUAAAAGGUUAUUAUUCAUGGAAUCUGUUUGAUGUGGAAAUAGAAUCAUGGUUGGAGCUAAUGUUGGCAACUUAAGACCUGCUGACUAAGUGAGUGAACAAAAGUUGCUAAUACCAAUUAAUGACUUGCAUGCUUUUUCUUUACCCUGACUCAUUCCUUACUGGUAGGAUCAAUCUUUUCAGUAUUUGCCUUCUGGUUCAAUGAGCCAGAAAAGUAACUCUGUAGUAUCAGAAUGUCAUCCAACUGUAUAUUUACUUUACUGUAAAUAAUGGUGAACAGUGGUCAAUAAAUAGUUUUAUAUUCCUUUA